AUGUCUCUCUCCUCGCGAGCGGCCACCUCGUUGGUGCGCCGCGCCGCCCAGCAGCAGACUCCCGCCCUGCGCUCCUCUACCGCCAUCGUCCAGAAACGCAGCGCCUCGGAUGCCUCCACGUCCCACGCCGAAUACACCUCGCCCUUCCACCGUGGCACGUCGAAUAAGCAGGAUACCACCGUCAUCCCCAACUUCAGCAAGUACCGCUCAAGCAGUGGCGAGACGGCGAACAAGAUGUUCCAGUACUUCAUGGUGGGUGCUUUCGGUGGUCUCUCGGCAUUGGGCGCAAAGAACACUGUACAGGGUAUGCAUAUCCACAUCAAGUACAAUAUUCGAGAGAUCAGAGCUGACUGUGGAUGAUGAAGACUUCCUGGUAAACAUGUCCGCAUCCGCCGAUGUGCUUGCCCAGGCCAAGGUCGAGGUCGACCUCUCAGCCAUCCCCGAAGGCAAGAACGUUAUCAUCAAGUGGCGAGGCAAGCCCGUCUUCAUUCGCCACCGAACUAGCGACGAGGUCAAGGAGGCCGAAGAGAUCGACUGGAAGACACUGCGCGAUCCUCAACCUGACGGCGACCGCGUCAAGAAGCCCGAAUGGCUCAUCAUGCUGGGCGUUUGCACUCACUUGGGCUGUGUGCCAAUUGGCGAGGCUGGAGACUUUGGUGGUUGGUUCUGCCCAUGCCACGGUAGCCAUUACGAUAUCUCGGGACGUAUAAGGAAGGGUCCAGCACCUUUGAACUUGGAGGUGCCCGAGUACGAGUUCCCAGAAGACGGUGCGCUUGUCAUUGGUUAG